CUGUCGCGAUCCUAUGCUCACUCGAUCGCGCGAUGUGGUUCUUAACGCUAGCAGUUACAGCCUUGUUUACGGCGUAUCUCUACUUCAAAUGGAAGUUGAGCUAUUGGAGGAGGCUCGGAGUGCCGUACGUGGAGCCGACCGUGCCUUUCGGUAACAUGGACAACUUGAGGCACAUGAGCACCUCUUUAGGGCAGCAGGUGAGAAUCCUCUACGAACAGAUGAAGACGCAAGGGCACAAAUACGGUGGCUACUACGUUAUCAUGAAGCCCGUCUUCCUCCCAAUUCAUCCGGGCAUCAUCAAACCCAUCCUCGCCAAGGACUUUGCGCACUUCACCGACAAAGAUUUCUACAUAAAUCCGAAGCAACCGAUCUCGGAGAUGCUCUUCUUCAUCGGAGGAGAACGCUGGCGUUUGCUCAGGCAGAAGAUCACACCCACCUUCACCUCCGGUAAGAUGAAGAUCAUGUUCAGCACCCUCGUCGAUUGCUGCGAACCCUUUCACAAGAAGAUUUCCGAAUGUGCGGACGGUCACCUCGAGCUGGACGUUAAAGACUGCGCGGCUCGCUUCACCACCGACAUCAUCGGUAACGUUGCCUUUGGCAUCGAAUGCAAUAGCUUCGACUCACCGAACGCCGAGUUCCGCAAGUACGGCAAGAAGAUGUUCUCCGUAACGCCGUGGCGCUUCGCCAAAGGUUUCUUCCAGUUCAUUUUCAAAGACUUGUCGUUAAAACUGGGUCUGCUGCCUUUCGACAAAGAUCUCGGCGAGUUUUUCGUAAACGUUUGCCGUCAAACGGUGGACUACCGAAAGACCAACCAUAUCGAACGCAACGACUUCAUGAAUCUGCUCAUCAAUAUCCUGAGCGAGAAGGGUGUGGUGGGAGCCGACGAAGGGCAGAUUACUUUUGAGGAAUUGACCGGACAGGCAUUCGUCUUCUUCAUUGCCGGCUUCGAAACAUCUUCGACGACGAUGACCUUUUGCAUGUUGGAGUUGGCCAAGCACCAGGACAUCCAGGACAGAGUCAGGGAAGAGAUUCACUCGGUCAUCAAGAAGCACGACGGCAAGAUCACUUACGACGCCAUCAACGAAAUGACUUACUUGAAGCAAGUAAUCGACGAGACUCUGCGAAAGUAUCCGCCGGUGCCGACAAUUGACCGGAAGUGCACUCGGGACUACGAGAUCCCGGAUACUGGGGUGACCAUAAAGGCCGGAACGGCCGUUUCCAUCUCGACGUUGGGCUUGCACAGGGACCCCGAGUACUUUCCCGACCCGGAUGUCUUCGAUCCGGACCGCUUCUCCAAGGCAAACGAACCCAACAUUCGUUCCUUCACGUACAUACCCUUCGGAGAGGGACCCCGCAUCUGCAUCGGCCUUCGCUUCGGCAUCAUGCAGACCAAGAUCGGACUGAUCACGCUCCUGAAAGACUUCCGUUAUCGUCUGAACGCUAAGACCAGCCCCGAAAUCGAGAUCGACCUCAACUUCGUGCUCACCGCUAAAGGUGACAUCCUUCUUGACGUCGAGCGCAUUUGAUUUGAACCAAAGCACGUAUGCAAUCAAACAGUAUCCUUUAAUGUUUAAGCCAUCUCGAUUAUAUCAAAGCAGCAGCAGCAGCAACAGUCAACAAAAAGAAGGAUAAACAAAAGAUGACGAACCCACUCCCCCAGAUCAAAUCAAAUGAGUUGAGAAAUUCUCUUAAUAGUUGUGUAAAUAGUGGAGGAGGAGUGCUGGGUUAGGGUGAUUUUGUUCUCUCACCGGAAGCGGAAGUCGCGCCAGACCGGAGGUGCGUUACGGUGACCUUUCGCUUCGCUCCGGCCGAUGGUUGUAAGCGCAUUAGGGGCAAUAAGGGGUGCGACCCAGCUAGCACCCCCCCCGAUGCUGCUGAUGCUCUCGACGAUUUCGCACCCCGACCCUUCUUCUUUUACUUCAUCUCUUUUUUUUUGUUUUGUUUGGCGGUAGUUGUUCAAUCUCACCCUCCCAUUAUCGCAACAUAAUACGUCUUCAAACAAACACGCAGACAGUGGGGGCACACGAAAAAAAGCAACCCCUCCUCAUUGAAUCAUUGAAUUUCGUCUUUUUCCUAUUUUCUCUUUGCACCCACUUGUUAAUUCUACAUCGGCGUUAGCCAUUUAUUUAUAUAAGAUUAUCACAAUAAUUUAUGUUUCAAAAAUCAUUAGUUUUGUAACGAUUUACCGUAAUUUAUUAAUAGUCAAAGUGCGUAUUCUAUUGUAAAU